CUGCGAGGUGGAGAGAACCUCCUCGCACGGUAGCGGCGUGCCUGACGCACGAGACCCUCUGACAUAUAGCAAUGGGGAGACCCAGGAAGGACACCACCGGCACGUCAUCCCCUCGGCCAGCCACAGCUGCCUCCAAAACUGCCCCUGCUGCACCACCGCCACCUUCCACCUCAGCCACCCGGGCCAAGGCUGCGGCUGCGGGCAGCCGAUCCAGGAGUGCUCCGGCUGCCAGGGCUGCCAGCCCCAGCCAGAGGCGGGGGGCAAAGCCAGAGUCCUCUCAGCAGAGACCCGCAGCAUCUUGUGGAGCCCGAGGAGAUGCUGGGGACCAGCACAGAGCAUCCACCAGGAGUUGCUCUGCAACCCAGAAGAAGCCGCCUGAUGCCAAAGGAGCCACCGGUCUGGCCAGACCUGACUCACGUCCACAGAAGCAGCAGCCUGGGGCUGAGUCGAGAAGGGCCUGGGGCCAGUUCCUGCUCCCCUUGGAGAGUCAGGACAUCCCGCAGGUGGAGAAGGAGACCCGGGGCCAGCGGAGUAACCCCAAGUGGUACGAGUGGCGGGAGAACCGCAUCACCGCCUCCGUGGCCCCCAGGAUUGCCAACAGCAAGUUUGCCAAUGGCAAGACGGACGAGGUGCCCCAGUCCUACCUGAAAGCGGUGGUGAGCUCCAGCCCCGGGGUGCAGACGCCGGCCAUGUCCUGGGGGCUCCGCAAUGAGAAAGCGGCCGUGCGGGCCUACGAGCAGCUGAAGUCGCAGGCGGUGGGCAAGCCGGUGCGGGUGGAUGACUGUGGCCUCUUCAUUCAUCAGGAGAAGAAUUGGAUCGCCGCCAGCCCGGACGGUAUCAUCAAGGAGGCGGCCACAGGGAAGGCCCUGGGGCUGCUGGAGGUGAAGUGUCCCUACAAGCACAGGAACAGGACGGUGCGUGAGGCCUGCAAGGACAAGGACUUCUGCCUGGAGGUGGAUGGGGACUCCUACGCCCUGAAGAAGGAUCAUGCCUACUUCACCCAAGUCCAGUGCCAGCUGGCAGCUGCCGGCUUCCAGCAGGCUGACUUUGUGGUGCACACCACCAAGGAGACGGCCGUGGUUCCUGUGGAGUUCGAUGCCAAGUUCUGGGGGCAGACGGUGCCCAAGCUGGAGAAGUUUUACACCGAGGCGGUGAUUCCCCACCUGCAGGAGAAGGCAGGUGGCUCUGUCUGGGCCAAGGAGGAGUAGCCCCCCCCCAUUGCCCCACCUGCCUGGAUGCUUGCUUGGCCACACAAACCCAGCUUUGGCCCCUAGCAUAGAAAUUACGCCCAGUUUUGCUGCUGUUCUUGGACCGUUCCCUGCCUCUGCCCCAACGCAACUGCCUCAGGACUGAAACGUUGUACCAGCAGGACCCUGCUUUGGUAAGGGUCCCCACAAUCGGUGACUUCUUCCUGCCCCAGCCAGGCCAGUGCUUGGCUCCCAGUGCCUUCUUCUGCCCUGUCCCCUUCACUGCAUCCCCCAUUUGACCCAACAGCACUGCCUGAUGGAAGCUGGCACCCCUCUGGAUCUGCAGGGGAAGCCAGUGAUACCUCUGUGCUGGGAUAACAGACUUACUUUAUGGAGAAAACUGGAUCCUUUGGCACCUCAACUGCUGUCUAGACUAAAUCGUAACUCCACUCUGGAGAAGAGACAGAGCCAGGGAAGGUUUGUCAGAGCCCAAGAGCAAAACACAGCUUUUGAGCUAAAGAGUGAUGUGCCUUAAGAGUCACAGCAAGGGCACGGGCCACCCUUUCUCCCCAAGCCAUCAGACCUGCUGCUUCCAUGGAGUUAACCCGUGAUGCUCACAAUGAGUUGGCUGCAGCCUCAGGAAGA